AUGAAAAUUCUCUGUAUUAAAUUAAUUGAUAUUAAAGAAAAGGUACCAGGUAUAAGAAAAGAGAGUAUAGACAAAUCUGGAGAAGAUCCAGUAGUAGCAGCGUUACGACCCUACAGUGCUCCCGAUGAAGAUGGAUAUACAACACCAGACGCUUUUCAAAAAUAUUUCGGAAAUUAUUCCGGGACCUUCCACCGUGAUCCAACAGAUGAUGCCCUUUUAGACCAUCUAAUUAACCUCGAACAUAGCUACGAUAACGAUACGCAAAGAGACGAUAACACGGUUACAGUAGUAGACAGCAUGACAAAUGAUACAGUAGACAACAUAACAUCAAAGCCGUUCCACGAAGACGUAGUUACGAAAUUCUUAAGAUUAAUUGAAACACAACACUUGAUGGGCGAGAAUUGCACAGCUGGGACUCAUUUAAAUUUAGGUGAGGGGGUUGUAGACAGGUACGCCCAAGAGAGAUUUCGAGUUGAAGCAGAUGUCGCGGUUAACAGAGCUAACAUGCUGACGAGAUUAUGGAAAUAUGCUGGGCCAUCUGUCAUGCAUAAUGAAUAUUUGCUGCAUGCGAGCGUUUUCUCAAUGGUUGAGUUCGAUGACAACGUGUUCGGUGCGGGGAACUGCUACGACCAGUACCAGUACAAGGAUUACCAACUUUUUUGCCCGUUUGCGUAUCGGUUGCCCGAAGGACCAAUAUUAGCUAAGGAUUUGGCGGUCGAGUAUAAAUAUUUGAGCAACAUGUCGGAGUGGUUCUACAUUGCACGGAAGAAUGCCGAGCGCGUGAUCCGAAAUCACAAUCAGUUCAAACGUGGUGAGUGGUUUUGUUAG